AUGGCGGCCCCCAUGAAUCGGCUGUCGCACAUCUCAGGCAGCGGGCUCGGAGGUUUUGCCCUGGCCGCGUUUUUGGGGGGGCUGCUUCACUGCUUUGGGGGAGUUCACGGCAGCGCCGGAGCCUGGAAUUCUUUGAACGAUGACCUCUUGCUGCCGUAUCUCCUUCCUCAGCAUGGCCCCCGGCACCACCAUCGGUACGUCCGAGACUGCCAGGGUCUCCUGCGUGGCAAUGCGACCCAUGAAACCUGGCCCAGCCACAACAGCACUACCUCCCCUCUGCCUGUUAUAUAUACAUUUGUUUCAGACAUCCCACCGCACCGUUCCAAUCGCCGCCGGGUGUACGGCCACUUGACGGUUGUGCGAGACCCCCUGAGGACUUUUUCUGUCCUAGAGCCUGGGGGGCCGAGGGGCUGCCAUUUCCACCACAGAGCCACCGUGGAAGAGACAGUGAGCCGACGUCAGUGCCUUGUGGCCCAGAAUGGGGGGUAUUUUGAUACAAACACUGGAGCGUGCUUAGGGAACGUGGUCAGCAACGGGCAGCUGGUACAGUCCUCUGGCGGAGUACAGAAUGCUCAGUUUGGAAUCCGGAAAGAUGGCACUUUAGUCUUUGGCUACCUCUCUGAGGAAGAAGUCUUUGCUACAGAAAACCCAUUUGUGCAGCUUAUAAGCGGGGUGGGUUGGCUUCUGCGAGACGGAGAGGUCUACGUGAAUCAGAGCCAAAUGGCAGAAUGCGACAAGACUCAGGAAACAGGGACCUUUGACGGUUUUGUCAAUACUGUGUCUGCCAGGACGGCCGUGGGGCACGACCGACAAGGGCAGCUCGUGUUGUUUCACGCUGACGGGCAGACGGGCGUCAGAGGCCUGAACCUCUGGGAAAUGGCAGAUUUUCUGAAGGAGCGCGGCGUGGUGAAUGCAAUCAACCUGGACGGUGGAGGAUCAGCUACUUUCGUCGUCAACGGAACCCUUGCUAGCUACCCUUCGGAUCACUGCGUGUUUGACUCUACCUGGCGCUGCCCUCGGAGCGUUUCAACCGUCCUGUGCGUGCACGAGCCUGCCUGCCAACCUCAAAACUGCAGCGGGCAGGGGCACUGCGUGCUUGGACAUUGCCACUGCCAUGGAGCCUUCUGGAGCGGGCCAGCCUGCGAUGUGCUGGACUGUGGCCCUUCCAACUGCACUCUCCACGGAAUGUGCACGGAGAUGGGAUGUGUCUGUGAUGCUGGUUGGACGGGUGAAAACUGCACCCAAGCUUGCACCAGCGGUACCUACGGGGACGGCUGUGCUCAGAAAUGCCUCUGCCGCCACAAUGGCACAUGUGACCCUGUGCACGGAUCCUGCACUUGCCCAGCGGGCUUCCAAGGGAUCUUCUGCGAAGAAGCCUGUCCUCUCGGACGAUUCGGACCCAACUGUCAGCAGACCUGUCAGUGCCCAAACCAGUGUUACUGUGAUCGGAGGACGGGCAGUUGCAAUAUUUCUCUAGACUCCACCAUCCUGGCUGAGCCGUGCCUGCUACAUGCUACCUCAAAGGAAGAGUUCCUUUUCUCCGAGAAAGCCUGGAUCACAAUAAGCCUUGGUUUGCUUCUCCUGCUCAGCGUGUUGAUGAACGUCAUACUGGCUCUGCGCAGCGGCACCAACAAGCGUCACAAACACGGACAGUAUAUCUCUAUCCCCCUGGAAGAGAGAAAUGGGGGGACCAAAGACCGGGGUCUGCCAGCAGCUUGGGAGGUCGACGAUCCCGCCGAGACCGCCUGGGACUCGAAUCAGACGGAAAGUGUUAUGUUGCUGUGA